ACACACACUGAAUAAAUAAAUAAAAUAAAUUACUUGAAAUAACCCUUCUCUGGGCAUUUAGGUCACCAGCUACAUAUAUAGCUAGAUUCAUUUGUCUCAAGGUCCUUUUGCUUUUUCAAAAGAUAGUGUGUAUUUUAAAAUUUAAUUUUUAAAAUAUUUACAUGGUUCCAAAUUCAAAACUAUAAAACCAAGGUAUAAUGGGAAAGAAUCAUUGUCCAUCUCUUUCCCUUCUCCUCUAAUUCCUCCCCUUCUAUAGGUAAUUAUUUUAAUUAGUUUUUAUUUCAUCUUUAUAUUCUUUAUUUUAGAAAAUAUUAAAACAAGCAUGUGGGAGAAAUAGUAUUUUGAGUAAGUGUAUGGGAGAAGUAGUACUUCCAUAUAAGGAAAGCCUCAAUUUGGACAUUAUAGACUUCACUGGGAGUAACUGGUAUGUACCUGUAUGUAUAAUAACUAGUGUACUGUAUAAACUUCUUUUGCAGCAUGUAUUUUCUAAUGAAAGAGAAACUCUGGAAGAGGACAAAAAAAUCUUCUUCAUUAUGCUGUACAAUUGUAAAAUAUUCUACUGUAUAGCUAUCCUAUCGUUUAUUAAGCCACUUCUGUACUGCAAGACUUUUGUGUUUCUACUGUUUUGCUUUUACUUAAGAGCGCUGUGAAAAAUAGAUGUGUGGAAUCAUUUCUUAUUUGGGGAACAGAUUCCAGGCAGUAUAGCUUCUAAAUCAAAAAAUAAUUUCAAAUGUUAUUUUGUCAGCCAUUAUAACAAUGUUCCUUCUCUUGCCCUCAAACAAUAAUCUAGGUAGAAAAAAAGGGACAGGUUAAGAAACUGAGUAGUAUGAGAGAAAUCUUCACAAGUAACUUUUUAUAAAUACUCCUGAAAAAUUAAUUUUGAACUGUUACAUUGGUAUAAUAAACAGUUUAAUACUGCUGUACAACUUUAGUUAUUCUAUACUGAAAACUACAUAAGAAACUUAUUUUAAAGUAAAAAUGGCAGUAUAUUAAGAAAAGUAGGGUGGAAGGUUAAAGACAUGAGCUGUUUUCUGGCUGUUCUACUUCUGAAAUUCUAUGAUUUUUAAGAGCUGGGUCUUUGUAGGAUUUCCUAAAAUAGGGUAGAAUUCAAUCAUCUUAAAGUAAAUGGAGCAAAAGCCUUUACACCAAGCUUCUUUCCACCACAAUUGAUUCCUAUUCUGUACUUUUAGCAGGUUUCGAUAUCUAAAGAAAAGAAAAUAACCUUUAUUUAAAUACAAACUUUUUGUUGUAUUAUUCCACAGGUAAUAUAUGGCUAGAUUUAUAUUUAUAUGUGCAGCACAGCCUAUGUGGGCAGUUUAACAAGGACUUCCUGUUACUGAACUAGCUCCAAUGAAAAUCUUCCUUUAAUCUGAAGAAUAGGCGUUUAACUGGUAGAACCAGAUUCUCCAGGUGUUCUCAUUUAUAUUAACAGCAAAAGCAUAACUUUAUCUCCAACUUAUUUGACUUCAUUAUUUGGCUUUCAAUUAACUAUAUGAGAACCAUACAGAAACUAGGCUGUGACCUAUAAGACAGACAUUUAAAUAAUUUGAUCAAACAUUACAGUAGAUGAUACUCAGAUUUCGUCUCAGAGGCAGGACUCUAACACGGCAGUGGAAAAACAACGUAAGGAACAAGACAGAAAGCAGGAAAGGGAAGAUGAAAGACCGACUUCAAGAACUCAAGCAGACAACAAAGGAAAUUGAACUCUCUAGAGACAGUCAUGUGUUUACUACAGAAACAGAGGAACAAGGGGCGUUUGAGCAACAAGCUAUUAUUUAUGAAAGAGAACCUGUGGCCGAGAGACACCUACAUGAGAUCCAAAAACUACAGGAGACUAUUAACAGUUUCACAGAUGAUGUCCAAAAAUUUGGACAGCAACAGAAAAGUCUGGUGGCUUCAAUGAGAAGGUUUAGUCUACUUAAGAGAGAGUCUAGCACUACAAAGGAGAUAAAAACCCAAGCAGAACACAUUAACAGAAAUUUGGGUGAGUUAGUUAAAGAGGUUAAAAAGUCAGAGCUUGAAAAUGGACCAUUCUCAGUGGUGACAAGGAUACUUAAAUCUCAGCAUGCUGCGAUGGUCCAUCAUUUUCAGCAAACCAUGUUUAUGUAUAAUGACACAAUAGCGGCAAAGCAAGACAAGUGCAAGACAUUUAUUUUCCGUCAGCUUGAAGUUGCUGGAAAACAGGUACCUGAAGAAGAAGUAAAUGAUAUGCUUUUUCAAGGAAAAUGGGAAGUUUUUAAUGAGAGCUUACUUACAGAAAUAAAUAUCACAAAAACACAACUCUCAGAAAUUGAACAGAGACAUAAAGAACUUGUCAAUUUGGAGAACCAAAUAAAGGACUUAAGGGAUCUUUUUAUUCAGAUAUCUCUUUUAGUAGAGGAACAAGGAGAGAGCCUCAAUAAUAUUGAAAUGAUAGUGAACAGUACAAAAGAUUAUGUUAAUAAUACUAAAGAGAAAUUUGGACUAGCUGUAAAAUACAAAAGAAGAAAUCCAUGCAGGGCACUGUGUUGUUGGUGUUGUCCAUGCUGUAGCUCAAAAUAAGCUAUUUUAGAAACUUCUCCAGCUUUAGAGUGAAGGAGAUCUCACAUUUCAGUGUCUUAUAUUGUGCUUUUUCAUUUUAUGGAUGCAUUCACACACAUUUUAUCAGUUAAGUCAUUAAGUUCUCCUUUAACUAUUAUCAACUUGAAUUGCAGAAACUUCUGAAGUCAGGGACAUUAGACAAAUCUGUAUUUAAAGUAAAAACAAUAUGCCUAUCUUCAAUUUACAGCCUAUUAAAAAUGAGAUGAGGGCCUCAGAUGUCGUUCAGAGGCACAGCACCUGCCUGGCGUGCACAAGGCCCUGAGUUUGAUUUCUGGUACCAAAAAAGAAAAGUGAAAAAAAAAAUAGGAUGAAAUGAUCUUGAGUUUCUGAUCAGGUUUUAAAUUUUGUUACACAUUUCUUGAACUUUCAAUGCUUUAAAAAGAUGAAAAUUCAAUUAAGUGCUUACUACUUAAGAACUCCAUUUCUUUCACUUCAGAAUAUUUUGAUCGAUAAGAAUUAUAUAAAACAAGACCUCUAAGGAUGCUACAAUAAAACAAAAUCAACCCAAAAUACACAUUAAGUCUUUCAUUCUCCAGUAGGUAAGUUAACUUAGUAAUUAGCAUAUCCCGGGAAAACUCAACUAUAUACCUGCGAAUCUAACUGGUAACUUGUAGCUGAAUUAAGUUGAAGGCCUAAGAAUCAACUAAGGCAUUGUUUUCUUGAACUCCGAGCCAUACAGGACACUGUAAUAGAUCAAUGAACUCGGCAGAUAAAAAUACAAAGUAAUUAUGAUUUUGAAUGUACUGACAUCAUAUUAUAAUAACUUCAGGCACUAUACUAUGGGCUAAGGAUAUAGUUGAAUCUAUAUUCUGGUGGAGAAGGCAGAUAAUUAAUGUUAAGUUACAGACAGAGACUUAAAAUAAUGGUGAUGACAUGAUACAGAGGCUGCCAGGAUGGCUUCAUUAUGGUGGGAGUCAAUGAAGGUCUUUCUAAAAGGUAGUAUUUAAGUAAAGAUCUAUAUAAUAAAUACACAUGAGGCUUUAUUCCAGCCAUAAGAAGCAAACAGUACAGAGACCACAAGAAGGGUACGACUUACUUCACUAAAGAAAAGUGACAAUAUAGUAGGGCAUGAUUGGUAAAACAAACAAACAGUGAGGAAAAGAUGAGGUUAUGAGAAACCAGCAAGGGCCAGAUGUAAAGCUUCAUAAGAUGUGAAAAAAAGCCUGAUGUUUAUACCAAGUGUAAUCAGCACAAGGCUGUCAAACUGUUUUGCCUGAGAGUUAAUAUGAUAGCAUUUAUGUUUGAGAAAGAUCAUUCUAUGAAGAGUGGGUUGGAAUGAAUUUGGAGUAGAGGACAUGCAUGUAGGCAAGGAAAAUAAUUAGAAGGGUAACGUAGUAGUCUAACAAGAAGUAACUAAGGCCAGAAUUAGGAUGGUAGUAGGGGUGGUAAUUCCAGGUCAUAGAAACUGCACAUACCCAAUUGAUAUUUGACCACAGGCAGCCUGAUUUCUAGAAUCACCUCUUAACAGCUAUGUACUAUAUAGUAGUAUUAGAAAAAUUAAACAUGUGAUUAAGAGGUAAAAUCUGCAAGAUGUUCAUUGCAUGAUGAUGCUAUUAGAAAAGAAAAGACAGAGAUGAAGAAAAGACAAUUGGCAGUGAGAAGGAAAUUCUAUUUUGGUCAAGAAAAUCUGAAAUAACAAUAUCUAAGUGGAAGUUUCUUCAAUCAGCUAUUUUAGUAGGAAUGCUUAGAUUAAGUCGGGACUGGAAAUAUAAAUUUGGGUCAUUUGAGUAAAGAAAUGGUAUGUAAAGUAAGGCAACUAUAGAAUGAAGUAAUCUAAAAAGUAUGUGAAUGGAAGAGAUUUGAAGUCUGGCCGGGUGUCGUGGCUCAUACUUGUAAUCCCAGCAUUUGGGAGGCUGGGGCAGGAAGAUUGCAAUGAGUUCAAGGCUAUCCUGGACUACUAGUGAGUUUGAGUUCAAGGCCAGCCUAGAAUAUACAUCAAGUCCCUAUCUCAAAAAACAAAAACAAAAGCACAGCAAAAAACCUGAAGUCAGAAAGGGACCUGGGAUAUUAUAAAUUUAAUAAAAGAGGCUAAGUGAAAUAGUCAAUAAAGCAGAAGAAAAACUAAAGAAGAAUGCAGUAGUACAAAAGAAUACUCUAAAGAAGAAAAAAAAUAGAGGAAAGAGUUAUCAUUGGGUUAAAAAUGAGCAACAAAGUGACAACAGAUUUGGCAGCAUGGAGAUAAUAUUUGACUUGAACAAAAGCAGUUUCACAGAACUGUAGGAAUGAAAGCAUACAUACAGAAUGUUGAGGAAAGAAUUACACAAGUAAUGGCAAUUCUUUCUAGAAGUCUGAAGAAAGCAUUAUAAAAAGGAAUCAACAGCUGGAAAGAGACAUGGAGCUAAAGGAUUACUUAAUGCUUAAAGAAACCUGACAGCAAAUUUUGCUGGUGGCAGUGAUUCAGAGAACCUCCUAAUAUAAGAAAGGGAAGAGAUAGUAUGCAAAAGCACAAAGAGUUACGAUGUGCAAUGCAAAUGGUGAAGCUGGCUUUGGGUAGGAGCAGAAAUGCAUCUUGCAUAUUGCAAGGAGGAAAGGCACAGUUUAGGAGUAAAAUCAGAUAGUUGAACAAAUAUGGUGGAGAAAAAAUGGAAGAAUAUUUCUGUGAUAGUUUCUAGUACUUCCUUAAAGUAGAAAUGUGUCUUCAGGACUUUAAUGUGAGGUCAGCCAGUGCAAUAAUUUAGCUGCUUGCCUGCUGGCAUGGGAUGUGUAGAGAACAGGUGUAAUCAAUGUAGUGACUUUUCCAUACCUUGGAGGACAUGUGAUAAGGAAGCUUGGAGUACUAGAAAAGGAUUGAGUUUAUAUACGUUACAUGUAUGGGUAUGUCUAUGGGUAUAUGCAUUAUAAUAUAAUGUUGACUUAUAAAAUAUAAAGAAAUUGAAGUGCUUUCUACUCUGACAAUUUAUCAAGACUUACUAGGGGAAAAGAUGUUUCACAUACCUCAGCUUCAAAUGGUAACAGAACUUUACAAAAAGAUAAUUUAAAACACAGGACAAACUCCACAGCUAACUCAGUAAUGAUAGCUAUUAUCUCUUUUCCUUUUAAAAUUUAUUCAGAGCUUCAGUGGUGCUUAUUAUUGUUCCUAAAUUGUUCAUCAUGAAAACCGAGAACAUUAAACAUUAUUUAAUAUUCAUUAAUAUAAUUAAUAUAAUCAAUAUUAAUAUAACCCAGAUAGAUUUGAAAAAUAGUUCCUUUAGCAUGUUUUAUCUUCACAUAGUGCUUUUAAAUGAAGACAACACACAGAUUCACUGCCGAGCAAUGUAGCAUACACUAUUUCAUUACUAUGUUUUUAAACUAAUUACUGUAAUCUGAACCUAGGCAACAGACACAAUAAUAUUUAACUAUGAAUAUUUUGUAUACAGUAUUUUAUUUCCAUAUUUAAUAGGUACUACAAGUAAAGCAGUAAGAUUUUCUUAAUAUAACAAUCUGAAAAAGAAAAGAGUCUCUUGAAAGAGUGAAAGGUACAAUAAAUAUUAAAAAUCUACUGGUUCUGUACCUAUGAGAUCAUAAAAAUUGUUUAUGAGCAUUACAGCUCAUAUUCAUAAUUACUAAAUUAUACUAUUUUCUCUAUUCACAAGCAUUAUGUAAACUAAGGUCACUUUGAAACCAGCCCUUCUAUCUCAUCUCCAGUUGGACACAGCAUACCAUUAACAAUAAUAAUACACAAAUCCACCAUCACAUUUACAGUAAACUAGUAAGACACUGCACUACUGCUUUAAAUGUAUUAUUUUUAAUUAUAUAACCACACAGGUAUAAAAACUCUUAUUUACAACUGGCCAUAUAAAGCUCAGAAAGAAUAAGUAACCACCCAAGGCUUGUCUGACCCCAAAACUCACAUUUUCUUCUACCCUAGGAGUUCUUAAUUUUUUCUGUGUAUUAGAAGGAUCUGAAGAACUUGUGAAAAACAAACACAACAUACCCUUGGCCUCACUCUCAAAAAUUUUGAAGCUCUGGGUAGAUCCAGAUGUUAAGUAGUCCAUGGUCAUCUCACUACUGAUCAUCACUGUCGAACAAGUUUGUUGUUGCUUUUGUUGUUUUGUUGUUUGGUUAUGAAACAGACUGUGGUGAGGAGUUGGAGAGCGAGGCAGGGUAUAAUUAUAUUAAUGAAUAUUAAAAAGUGUUUAAGCUUCCAAUGCUUAAAUUUGUCGAGCUACAGAGUCAACCAGAUGAAAUUCUUUACUAUAAAUGAAAGCUGCUGCAAGUGUAGCUGAAUGCUCCACUUUAAGGGACUAAAGGAAAUGUUUAGUAAGAAUGUCUGGAGGUGAGUCAACACUAUAAAUAAAUGAGAUCAAGGAAGAUGACAACUUGUAAGGUUGCAAUGAAUGAAGACAAAUCUUAAGUUAAUGGGCCCUAUAAAUUUUUCCAAGGGUGAAAGUGGUAAAUUAGGAGACUAAAAACUGUAAGAAUCAACUGAUUAUAUGACAUAGGUAGAUACUCAAGGGUCUCCAGCAUUCUUAAAAUGACCUAGAUUGUCCUACUUAUUAUUUAAAGGUCUAACAAUAAAAGUACAUUGAACUCAGUUUCUAAUGACAGCAUUAGAAUAAUGUACAAGCUCGUUAAUUUUCCUUGGGCACUUAAAUAAAGAAUAUAAUUAAAAAAACUUGCAAACUGACAUUUUCCUAUUACACUAUCUAGAAAUAAGGUGAGUCAAUAAGCAUAUAAAGGUUGAAGACAAAAUUCCAUACUGAAAAAGUAAUAAUGAAAGCCUGGUUGUUUCUCCUCUCAUGGAAACUCGCUUCAACUGGAAUAAAUUUUUUUUGGAAUUUAGAAUUAAGGAAAGAAAAAUGCACAUACACUCAGAAUUGUGUAUGAUUUUAGAGAGUCCCAAGGGCCAUUAAUAAUAUAAAGCA